AUGAAAAUAGGAAUAAAAACGUGUGGUAUUCCUGUCCCUGCUGUGUAUUUUGUGGACCACAGCUCUCACUGUAUUUUCUUGGAGGAAAUAGUGGAUUCGUGCACCGUCAGGGACCACAUCGCCUCGGCCCAGCUCCAGCCGGAGGGACAGCAGCAGCUGGAGCGGCUGGCUGACAGAAUGGGCCACAUGUUGGCACGACUGCACGACGAGGACCUGGUCCACGGAGACCUGACCACGUCCAACAUGCUGCUUAAAGCUCCUUCAGAUGGGGGUGAGGGGCAGCUGCUGCUCAUAGACUUUGGUCUGAGUUACAUCUCUGCUUUAGCCGAGGACAAGGGGGUGGACCUGUAUGUUCUGGAGAAGGCUUUCCUCAGCACACACCCCAACACUGAAGUUCUGUUUGAAAGGCUUCUGCGGAGCUACACGAAGGCCUCCAAGAAGUCUGGACCGGUCAUCAAGAAGCUGGACGAGGUGCGGUUACGAGGGAGAAAGAGAUCCAUGGUUGGAUAA